GUCUUUCAUCUUCUCUCUCUUUAAUGUUACAAUGUAAGCACAGGAAGACUAAAGCCUUUUAACAGCUUUUGCUUCUUGUCCAAAAGCUCCUCAUAAUCUUCUCAAUCUUUUCUAGUUUUAGAAAUUUUCAAUAAAAAUUUCAUAUUUUUAAUCUCAUUACCCCUUAAACCUCAUUUGUUUCUCUUCAAAAUCCCAAAUUUUUAAACUUAUUUUUAAAUUUUUUUGUGAGAAACCACCCUAUAUUAAAAGACAAAAAAACCGCUCUCUUCUUCAACGUUGCCACAGACUGAGUUGCAGAUAUUGGUAUUCAUUAGCUUCUUUAUGUAUUGCUUGUGUCUUGCAAAAAGAAGAGGAGAAUAUGUCGAUUUUGCCUAAAAGCGAAUCGAUUCACAUUCGUGAAGUAUGGAAUGAUAAUCUUGAGUAUGAGUUUGCUUUAAUCCGGGAUAUCAUUGAUGAUUAUCCUUACAUUGCAAUGGAUACAGAGUUUCCCGGAAUCGUUCUACGUGUAAUAGGGAAUUUUAAGAACAGUUCUGAUUUUAAUUACCAGAACUUGAAAGCCAAUGUUGAUCUCUUGAAGUUAAUCCAAUUAGGUCUCACGUUCGCUGACGAGCAAGGUAAUUUACCAAAGUGUGGGACUGAUAAGUUCUGUGUGUGGCAAUUCAAUUUUCGCGAGUUCAACCCUGAUGAAGAUGUUUAUGCUUAUGAUUCCAUUCAAUUGUUGUCCCAAAGUGGCAUUGAUCUUAAGAUGAACAAUGAAAAGGGUGUUGAUGCUUGUAGAUUUAGUGAGCUCUUGAUGUCAUCCGGGAUCGUGUUGAAUGAUUGUGUGCAUUGGGUUACAUUUCAUAGUGGAUAUGAUUUUGGGUACUUGCUUAAGCUAUUGACUUGCAAGGAUUUGCCGGAUACGCAGGCGGGGUUUUUUGACUUGAUCAAGAUGUAUUUCCCUACACUUUAUGAUAUCAAGCAUCUGAUGAAGUUUUGCAAUAGCCUUCAUGGUGGGUUGAACAAACUCGCUGAGCUGUUGGAAGUGGAGAGAAUUGGGAUUUGUCACCAAGCGGGUUCAGAUAGUUUGCUUACUUGUUGUACAUUUAUGAAACUGAAAGACAAUUUCUUUAAAGGCUCACCUGAGAAGUAUGCUGGUGUUUUGUAUGGUCUUGGAGUUGAGAAUGGACAGAUUACCCACUGAAAAGACAAAAAAGUUGUGAAAUGAAAUAAAAAUUAUAGAACCGUUUCUAGACUACAUGCUUGUUCCGAUUUUCCCUAUCUCUAUGCCUUACUAUCAUUUUUUUCUUUCACAUGUUUUUCAUUGUAUUGGAAAUAGGAUUAGUCAUUUUGUGAUUGCAGGUCAAAGAUAAUUGCUUUU